GGGACUUCUCGGCUGACGGCCUGCGUGAACUGCGCUUGCGCGGGCUGAGGGCGUUGGCUCAGGCUCCUGGAAAAGACCGGCGUUCCCUCCGCGCUGGCGGUGUGGACGCGGAACUCAGCGGAGAAACGCGGCUGAGAAAUGGAGAAGAAAAUGAAAUAAAGCAGCAGUUAUGAGGCAGAGCCUAAGAGAACUAUGGCAACAUCAGGUGACUGUCCCAGAAGUGAAUCGCAGGAAGAAGAGCCUGCUGAGUGCAGUGAGGCCGGUCUCCUGCAGGAGGGAGUACAGCCAGAGGAGUUCGUGGCCAUCGCAGACUAUGCUGCCACUGAUGAGACCCAGCUCAGUUUUCUGAGAGGAGAAAAAAUUCUUAUCCUGAGACAAACCACUGCAGAUUGGUGGUGGGGCGAGCGUGCGGGCUGCUGUGGGUACAUUCCAGCAAACCAUGUGGGGAAGCAGGUGGAUGAGUAUGACCCCGAAGACACGUGGCAGGAUGAAGAGUACUUCGGCAGCUACGGAACUCUGGUAUCGUUUUGUGUGUCUUUCACUCCUCUGCAGUUUGAGUUCAUGAUCGAGUCCAUCCUGUAUGCCCGGGAUGCCUGGCUGAAGGAGGACGGGGUCAUUUGGCCCACCAUGGCCGCGUUGCACCUUGUGCCCUGCAGUGCUGAUAAGGACUAUCGUAGCAAGGUGCUCUUCUGGGACAACGCAUACGAGUUCAACCUCAGCGCUCUCAAAUCUUUAGCAAUUAAGGAGUUUUUUUCAAAGCCCAAGUAUAACCACAUUUUGAAACCAGAAGACUGUCUCUCUGAACCGUGCACUAUAUUGCAGUUGGACAUGAGAACCGUGCAAAUUUCUGAUCUAGAGACCCUGAGGGGCGAGCUCUGCUUCGACAUCAGGAAGGCGGGGACCCUGCACGGCUUCACGGCCUGGUUUAGCGUCCACUUCCAGAGCCUGCAGGAGGGGCAGCCGCCGCAGGUGCUCAGCACCGGGCCCUUCCACCCCAUCACACACUGGAAGCAGACGCUGUUUAUGAUGGACGACCCAGUCCCUGUCCAUACUGGAGACGUGGUCACGGGUUCAGUUGUGUUGCAGAGAAACCCAGUGUGGAGAAGGCACAUGUCGGUGGCUCUGAGCUGGGCUGUCACUUCCAGGCAAGACCCCACAUCUCAAAAAGUUGGAGAAAAAGUCUUCCCAAUCUGGAGAUGACAGUUGAUGCUUUAUUUGGAAAGCAGUGUGCGUAUCCUGAGGGGUGACGAACACAAGCAACCCAAGAUGCGCCUGGCUGCUGCACACUCCUGCGAAGUCGGUGAACGUUCACUCCACAUUGACCCCUCCCCAGCCUGGCAGGUGACGUCAGGGUCCUUCACAGACAAACACGCUUGGGCUCGGCAGGAGCUGCCGUGGCCACCCCCGCUGCCCAGUGUCUGCCCUCUAGAAGUAGGCUAUGUUUCCAGGUGUUCACCCGUGGUGUCCACAGUGCUGACCCGUGGCUAGGUCAGAGCUCCCUGUUCCUAAGCUAGGUCUAGGUCCACACUCCUAGGACGGGCGCAUAGCAGCCUGUGUACCCUGUGACAGUGACUGUUCCCGCCUCCUGUGUUCGUGGCGCCCUUACUGCCAUCGCUCAUCCACUUGUGUGGGAUGUACGAUUGCACAGGGCUGUGCUAGUGCCGUGUGGGGAACACUGCCCUGGCGCAGCGCUGGAGCUGAGGCGGCGAUGCACGCGAUGGGACUCUGCAUGGGAUAGUUUUGUAGACAUCUUCCAAAUAAAUUAUGUGUUGGCGCAUUGCACAUGCUCAA